CUCUCUUGUCUCUCUAUCCACCCACCUCAACCCUCUCGACUUCCUCCCCUCCCCUCGCUGUCUCCGCUCCUCUUGCCAAGCAGUCCUUGAGCUAGUUCUACGUCGCUCACCUCCCCUUCCACCGCCUGUCUCCAGCCUACACUCGCUUCCGGCCUUCCCCGCCGUUGCCCGACCCCAUCGACUCCGUCGACCCCCCUCUCCCAACGCCCACCACUACCCCCACCACACUCAUUCACCAUGGUCAACCUCACCUAUGGUAUCAUCUCGCCCAACCCGGACGGGACCUUCACCUACAAUGAGCUUGGCACGGACAUUGUCUCCACUCUCAACGGAGAGACGUCCGUCUACGACCCAGGAGACAUUGCCUGGGUCCUGACCAGCGCGGUGCUCAUCAUUUUCAUGAUUCCCGGCCUGGGUUACCUGUAUUCCGGUCUGGCGCGACGCAAGAAUGCCCUCCAGCUCUUGCUGCUUUCCAUGCUCUCGCUCGCCAUUGUUUCCUUCCAGUGGUUCUUCAUCGGCUAUUCUCUCGUCUUUUCCGAAACCGGCGGUUCCUUCUUCGGUGAUGGUCGCAACGUCGGUUUCCGCGGCGUCCUCGAGCGUCCCAUUCCAGAGUCCAACGGCAAGCUCCCUGAGAUCGUCUUCGCCACAUACCAGAUGAUGUUCGCCAACCUCGUCCCUGCCAUUCUGCUCGGUGCCGCCGCUGAGCGUUCCCGCACUCUGCCCGCCAUGCUCUUCAUCUUUGCUUGGACCACCCUCGUCUACGACGUGCUUGCCCACUGGAUCUGGAGCAUCAACGGCUGGGCCGCAAAGUGGGGUGUAAUCGACUACGCUGGUGGUGUCCCUGUCGAGAUUGCUUCCGGUAUCGGUGGCCUUGCCUACUCGUACUUCAUCGGCAAGCGCCGCGGCUACGGCACUGAGCGUGUCAUGUUCAAGCCCUCGAACGUUUCCCAGAUCACCCUUGGUACUGUCAUGCUCUGGGUCGGCUGGAUGGGCUUCAACGGUGGCUCCGGCUUCGCUUCGUCUCUCAAGGGCGCCUUCGCUGUCUUCAACACCAACCUCGCCGGCGCUGUUGGUGCCAUGACCUGGAUGAUCAUGGACUUCCGUCUUGAGCGCAAGUGGUCCAUGGUCGGCUUCUGCACUGGCGCCAUUGCCGGCCUUGUCGCUAUUACUCCCGCCGCCGGUGUUGUCGGCGCCCCCGCCGCCGCGCUCAUCGGUCUCGUCUCUGCCGUCGUUUCCAACUUGUGCACUAGCCUCAAGGCCUCGAUGCGCGUCGACGACCCGAUGGAUAUCUUCUCGGUCCACGCCUUGGCUGGUAUUGUCGGCACCCUUAUGACCGGUCUGUUCGCCCAGAGCUCAGUUGCCGCCAACGACGGUUUCAGCGCCAUCGGCGGUGGCUGGCUUGACCGCAACUGGAUCCAGCUCGCCAAGCAGCUUGCCUGGGUUUGCGUCGGCUGUGGCUGGACCUUUGUUGUCACUAUCGCUAUCAUGUUCGUCAUCAACCUUAUUCCCGGCUGCAAGUUCCGCGCCAGCGAGGAGGCCGAGAUUGUCGGCAUGGACGAGGUCGAGCUUGACGAGUACAUUGCCGACUACGCCUUCUUCCGCCGCGACCUCGAGUUCAACGCCGAGAUGACCGCCGAGUACGACACCUGGCGCCGCAACAACUCGGGCGGUGAGACUUUGCCCAUGUGGCGCUCGAUGAGCGGUGUCCAGAUCGCCGAUCGCCUCCAGCAGCAGCACGACCGUGAGCGCUCGCAGUCGCGUGGCCGCUCCGCCUCCCGACCCACUCACCUCGCCCCCAUGCCCGAAGUGCACAUCGACCUCGAGCGCGACGACGAGGUCACUGCCGGAUCGCCAAGCGAUGGUGAAAAGGGCAUGAGCGAGGUGUACGAGAAGCCCGCUUCCUUGACCCCCUCUCCCGCCACAGUGACGCCCCGGGGUGUCUCUCCUAACGAGAAGGCGUAAUGGAGGGAGCGAAU